UCUUCUUCUUCUCACCUUUCCCGCGACCCAACUCCACCCACCCAGAAACCCCAUGUGUGAGUGGCCAUUUUCCAACCCACCAACGCCUUUUUCCACCUCAUUCAUACCCUCUUUCCCUCUCUACAAAAUCUAGCCACAGCUGGUGAUGGCAGCCACUGAGGAAUCAUCUGUUCCCGUGGAUUUUGAGGUGGAAAUGGCAGCCGUGGAGAACUCAUCUUCCUUUGAUUUCGAUGUAGAAAUUUCUGAAGAAGAAGGCAAGGAGGACAGCAGUUCCUCAGGCGGCAACCUCUUUUCUUCUUCAGGAGUAACGGGGAUUACUGACAGGAAUUUGCCCAGAGACAAUCCUAUUCAUGCGGAAACAUCAACUUCUGGAAAAUCAAAUUCAUCUUCAAGUCAGCUUACAAAUACUGAGACAUUGAGAAAGAAGAAGAGAUAUAGUCAAUUUCUAAGAACAUUUAUGGAUGGGAAAGUUCCUAUUAGAAAGAUGGUCAAAAUCUCAAUGAUCAAUGGGCUUUCACACCAAGCUGCAGUUUUGAGUUUGGUUAAGAACGAAGAGAUAAAAGGGAGAAAAGAAAAGAAAAAUAGGAAAGCAGUGGAACUAGAGAAACUUGAGAGGAAAUUAUUGAGAGAGGUUGCUACUGUUAAAGAUGGAACUGUCCGGUUUGAAGUACCAGAAGAUAUUAAAUCCCAAAGCCUUGAUUUUGGAGCAGGAGGUGCUUAUAAUGACGAUAUCAUUGAAGAACAUGUGGAUGCAAUAGACAAUCAUGUACCUCCACUUCAAAUAGUAAUGCUCAUUGUUGGAACACGAGGAGAUGUACAGCCAUUUGUUGCCAUUGGAAAAGGCUUACAGGCAUGUGGUCAUAGAGUCAGACUGGCAACUCAUUCUAAUUUCAAAGAAUUUGUCUUGAAUGCUGGGUUGGAGUUCUUCCAAUUAGGUGGAGAUCCAAAAGUUCUGGCUGGUUAUAUGGUCAAGAAUAAAGGCUUCUUACCAUCAGAUCCAUCAGAAAUACCAAUCCAGAGAGGUCAAAUAAAGGAGAUUGUAUGCUCUUUACUUCCAGCAUGUGUGGAAGAUGAUCCUAUCUCUAAGGUUUCAUUUGAACCGGAUGCAAUAAUUUCUAAUCCCCCGGCAUAUGGACAUAUGCAUGUCGCGGAGGCACUAAAAGUACCAAUUCAUAUAUUUUUCACAAUGCCAUGGACGCCUACUAGUGAAUUCCCACAUCCUUUGUCUCGUAUCAAGCAACCAAUUGGAUAUAGAAUUUCAUAUCAAAUUGUUGAUGCAAUGAUUUGGCUUGGGAUACGAGACAUUAUAAAUGAUUUUAGGAAGAAAAAGCUGAAGCUAAGACCUGUGACAUAUCUAAAAGGAUCAUAUAGCUCUCCUCAUGAUGUGCCUUAUGGAUAUCUCUGGAGUCCUCACCUUGUUCCUAAACCAAAAGAUUGGGGACAUAAUAUUGAUGUAGUUGGGUUUUGUUUCCUUGACCUGGCAUCAAAUUAUGUACCCCCAGAGUCACUUGUGGAAUGGCUUGACCUUGACAAUAAACCGAGGCCUAUCUAUAUUGGAUUUGGUAGUCUUCCCUUGCCAGAACCAAAGAAAAUGACGAAUGUAAUUGUUCAAGCUCUGCACAAAACUGGACAGAGAGGCAUCAUUAACAAAGGCUGGGGUGGUCUUGGGGACUUGGAUGGUUUAGACUUGGAUUUAUCAGAACAACAGCUAAAGGGCCUUGUAUAUGUACUGGACAAUUGCCCUCAUGAUUGGCUAUUCUUACAAUGCAGUGCUGUGCUAACACCAAUAUCUGAUAAUGUUCUUGGACUCUAUUUUAAAGCAUGGAGAGUUCUCUUAACAAGACAGUUGGACUUGAUAUUUAAGGUGCAUCAUGGGGGUGCUGGAACAACUGCUGCUGGUCUUAGAGCUGCGUGUCCAACAACCAUUGUCCCUUUCUUUGGGGACCAGCCAUUCUGGGGAGAGCGGGUGCAUGCCAGGGGAGUAGGUCCAGCUCCCAUCCCAGUUGAUGAGUUCGGGCUUGAGAAGUUGGUUGAUGCAAUACACUUCAUGCUAGAUACCGAGGUGAAAGAUCGUGCAUCUAAAUUGGCAGAAGCCAUGAAAGACGAGGAUGGGGUGACAGGCGCGGUGAACGCCUUCCACAAGCAUUUUCCUCGUGAAAAACCCGAGAAUGAGGUGGCUACUCCAUCAGGAUUAUGUUCUAUAACUCAAUGUUUUCGUGGCUUUUGAGCUUUCAAGCUGUUGUUUCAUCAACUUAAUUUUCUACCAUAAAUAUUUUUGUUCAAGAAUCAUAUUCCACACAUCUUGUACCGUACCAUUGCCUAGUUUUUGCAUGUGAUCCUGGAUUCCACUAAUUUUGUUAUGCAUAAAUGGCUUUGUUUUCUCCAUUGGAGAACAAAAGUUUUGUGAUCAUGGUUUGAGAACCUGAGAUAAAACAAUGGUGCAAUGAGAUUCCUUA